GCGCGGCAAAUCAACAUCAGCAGUUGCCGGCCGUCAGUCGCCCGGCUCGAACGCGUGGUUCAAAGUUUGUACGUGUACAAUUUGUUUACGAAAACGGUUUCAUCAACUCAAUAAGACGUGUUUGAGAUGUGAUUUAAUAUAGACGUAUUUCUGUGUGUGUAUUUCUGUCAUAACAAACUAUCCGAUGGGGCGGAGUGGGUAUACCUGCGUGAGAUACAUCUUCUGCUACCUGAAUAUCAUUCUCUGGUUGUCAGCUUGUGGAGUGCUGGGGGUUGGUGUAUGGCUGAACUACUCUCACAAUGGCUACACCACGCUCCUGCCACAGUACGCUCUGGUGGGGGCUGAUUCACUCCUAAUCACGAUCGGAGCCACCCUCUUCAUCAUCACGUUCUUCGGCUGCUGCGGCAGUUGGUGCCAGAGCAGAUGUCUUCUCAUUACGUAUUUCACUUUGGUGAUAUUCUUGUUCAUGGCGGAAUUCAUGUUGGCAACACUGGCAUUCGUGUUUCGAGAGAAGCUGGGAUUGACGAUGAAGGAUGAACUUCUAUAUGGUAUAGAAGAGCACUACCUGAAUCCCCCAGACAAUGGGAUGGAAGUCAUCUGGGACCACAUACAGAGAGAGUUUCACUGUUGUGGAGUUACAAGUUACGAAGACUGGUUUGAUAUCAAGGCUUGGCCUGGUCAGAAGUAUGUUCCUGAAUCGUGCUGCCUAUCAAAGUUUGAAAAUACUACAAAUUGUGGUCAUCAAGAACCAAAUGCUUAUAACCCUGAGAUGUGGUACAUGAAAGGCUGCUCUGAACAAGUCCAGAUGUGGUUCAUUACAAGACUCCACAUUGUCGGCAUUGUAGGCCUUGUCAUAUCAUUUAUUCAGCUGUUUGGUCUGAUCUCAUCGAUGUUGCUGUUCUGCACGGUUCGACACAAGCGCACAUCCCACACCUACAAGUCGUACGACACCACAUCCUGACUACUGGACAGGGAUUCCAAGCGAUCCCCUAGUGACAAGAAUCCUCAAUUUAAAGACACUAAUUGGUGCUAAAUAUUCGGUUUGAGAUGAACUUGGUUGUUUGACUUGGAAAACCAAUUAACUUGUAUUCAAACCUUGAUUCUAAGAGCUUUAAAACAGCUUAUACAGGUGAUUGCUUUAAUUAAACAAAGAGUACACCACUACAAUAAGACAAAUGUAAAAUAUUUUGUACAAAUAAUCCACAAUGGUUGCAGUCCUCUAGUUAUUUAGUGCAGUAAGAUACGGUCAGAAAUAGAACCGUAAUGUACAUAUUAUAAACUUCUAUUUAUGAUUCUUUAAAAACCUAGUCAGUUAGUUUUAUAUAAUUAUUUAAAAAUGAUAAAUUCAAAUUAAUUUAAUGGUAUUAUGGAACAAUAUAUUCACACACAUUCUUAGAGUUAUAUCAUUGUUUCAGUGUACGCUUUAAUAAAUAAAUUUAUGGUACAGAAAAUAGUGUAUUAUAAGAAUUACAAAUUUAAAAUAACAUAUAACGGGAAUAUUUGUAAUGGGAAGUACUAAACUUGUUCUCGUAACAGGUUAACUUAAUGCAUUUAAAAUAAUAUGUUUGCAUACAAAAAUGAGCUAACAACUUAUAGAGGAAAAUAGCCAACACAAGGUACAUCUUAAUACUAUCCUAAAAUUACUAGACUGUGCUUAUAAUUUUGUAUAUGUAGCACCUUUAAAUUUGCUUCUUUGUCAUUUCCUUCACCUAUAUUAUUAGGUUUUCUUUAAAAUACAGUAUAAAAAUGGAAACAAUAUGUAAAAAAACAAACUGUGUGUUUAAAAUUAGUUGUAUAAAAAUAUGUAUAUUACAAAUUGUCAUAACAUCAGGUAGUAAAUAAGAAAUUAAAAUAAAUGUAUUUAUUAAUAAAUACAUGCAAUAUAAAAUAAAAUAAAUGCAUGUUUUAUUUUAAUUAAAAUCACAGAUUUAUGUCAAAAUAUUCAGAGUUCAUAGCAACAUGGUAUUGCUAUAAUUCAGCAUGUUGGAGAUGAUUCACUUGGAAGGGUACUAUACUGGCAUUUAGAUAUAUUGGGCUGUUUCAGUUUCUAUUGGUACUACCAGAGAAGUGCUAAUAUUAACUUUUAGUAUUAACGUCUUAACACUAUCGUUAAAAUGUUAUAUGACUUAUUUUAUGCUUAUAUUAAAAUUUUUUUGACAUAUCUAUGCUGCCCUUCUAAUAAGUUGGAAAGUUUUCUGUAGUUGUCUGCUCAAGAUAUUAUAUAAAGGACAAAAAAUAUAUACAUUUUUAAAUAGAUAAUUUCAAACACUUAUAACGAGUAUGAUAACCUACUUUUUUAUUACAAAAAUAAUUAAAUUAAUUGAAUUAUAUAUUAUAGCAUGCUAUACAAGAAACAUAACUAAUAAUGUUGCUUGUUGUUGUGUGUAACAAAUUUUUGUCUCAUUUGGGAGGCAGCUGGUAUGCCAAGACAACACAUAUAAAAAUAAAUUAAAACAAAUGAAAAAUGUACACUAAGAUUUUCUAAAAAUAUAAAAAUGAAAAACAAAUGUACUAUAUUUGAGUAAUACAGAAAGAAUAUUAGUUUUCAGCAUCUUUGCAUAAAAAUGGUUGAAUAGAUUUUAGAUUAGUUACUCCUGGUUUUUUGAAAUGUACUAUGUGGUCAUUAGAUGUACAUUCCAAUACCACUUUAUACAGGUAUAUUUCCAUACUUGAUUGUUAUUGUUUUAACCAUUUAUUCAUUAAAAUAAAUAUUAUAAUAUAAAAACAAUGUUUACAAA